GUGUUCAUGUACAGCAGGUGGCACUGAUGACUGUGUCUCUAAAAAUCGCUCUAUUUUUUAAGAGCCACAUUAGAGCGUUUGAGCUCGUGUUUAAAUGAUGAAAGCGGUUCACCCGUUGGAAAACCACGGAGGGAAAUGAACCCUAGUGUUAUUCCGUGAAAAAGUGAAAAGCGUGGUCAUCGUGAAAAGGUGGGCAGAGCAGAUGACGUCACCGCCCACUCGCUGAUGAUAGCGGGUCACGCGGCCUUCACUGUUUUGAUUCGCAGCGCGGCCAGGCGGUGCGGAGAUGGACGACUGGAAGUCAGAUUAAUUGCCUCAAGCUACCCCACUACUGGGGGGGCGCAUCUGUUCUACGAAAGUAGAUUUUUGGAAAUCCGGGAAAGCUGGCGGGGUUUUACGGUACUCGAUUCCUUCUGGAUGACAUGGAGGUGUCUGCGGAGGGAGAGGCGGAAGAGCGCCGGAGGGAUCACUGGAAGCUGCUCUCCAGCCUAAAGACCACAGUGGAGGGUCUCGUGUCCACCAACAAUCCCAAUGUGUGGUCACGUUAUGGCGGCUUGCAGCGCCUUCACAAGGACAUGAACAACAUCCUGAGCCAUGGGCUGAAGAACGAGCAGGUGUACUACAAGAAGAGAGACUACUGGCCGUUUGUGUGGUGCGUGCGCUACAUCAGCCCCCACCUCGCCUCGCACGUUGAACAGUUCAGUCAGCUGCAGCCGGUGCUGAGCAGCGGGAUGCAGCAGAGUACCGGCGGCGAGAGCUACAAGGCCGAGCGCUGGCUCCUCCACAGCUUACAGGUUCACCUGCUGUCGGCUCAGCUACGACCUCUGCUCCGGCACCUGGGGCACACACGGAAAUAUUAUAAUGAGGAUGCCUUUCUGCUGAGCGAGCCCCAUGUGACCGCCAUGUUCCAGUGUCUGGAAGCUGUGGAGCAGAAUAACCCCAAGCUGCUGGCCCAAGUAGACGCGUUCGGGCUGUCUCCUCUGAAGGGCCCACCAUGUCUGGGCCUUUUGAAGAGCCAGAGCCUGUGUGUGUUACCUGGGCCCGGCGCCGUUUGGAGGAACGCUGACUCUGCUCCCACAAGAGAAUCUCUAAAUCGCAGACUCACCACCUCCUUCUGCUCCCUCAAAGAAACAGUCGCCGCCAGCCACAACUCUGGGAACACGACAGGAGGUGGAUCCCAAAACAACAACGGCAACUGCACAAACACUUCCUUUCCAGCCAGCAGCCGGGGAGCUCCGUGUGUGUCCAAGCCAGGGGAGAGCGGGAGGGGUGGGACACCCCCUCCUGGCUCCGUCUCGGUCCCUAGCAUCUCGCUCUCAAAGCCCCCCUCGUCCCCCUCCCUUCAGCCUGAGGCCGGGGACUCUGGUGACGGCGACUACGACGAUGGUCCGGAGUACCUGGCUAUUGGUAACCUGGGGCAACGCAGCCGCUCUGACUCUCCAAACUCCACCGACAGCAGCGAGCAGGGCGUCGCCCCGGCCUUAGCUCCGCCCCCACACAGGCGCUCGUCUUUCUCAGCGGGCCAGAGGGGGCCGGGCCGGGCGCCCAGGGGACACACCCGCUCAUUUUCUGACACAGGGGUCAGUCAGAAAAUGAAGAACGGAGGGGGCCACCGAAAAAUCACCAUAAUAAUAGAAGAUCCGGUAGCAGAAUCCGUUGGGGACGACUGCGGUACAACGAAUUACAGCCCUUUCUCGCCUCCCUCUGAAGAAACAAGCUCUUCCAGUUCCCUCUACAUGGAGUCUCAUGUGUCCCAGGUCAACAGUGUUCCCGAUGGGAUGUUCAGGAAGCCGUCGCAGGGUCAGAGCCUCAUCAGCUACCUGUCAGAGCAGGACUUUGGCAGCUGUGCUGACCUUGAGAAGGAAAAUGCUCAUUUCAGCAUUUCAGAGUCCCUCAUUGCUGCCAUCGAGCUGAUGAAGUACAACCUGCGGCGUCAGGAAGAGGAGGGCGAGGAAGAGGGAGACAGCGACUCUGAGAUCCAGCAGCUCAAACAGAAGAUCCGACUGCGCAGGCAGCUGAUCAGACGCAGUCGUGUGCCGCCAUGCGCAAACUCCCACAUCGUCCACUCCACUGACAGCGGAGGCUCCAGGAGGAGCUCUCAGGACUCCUACCAGGGCCUCUCUGACUCCGGCUCGGCUGAGGAGGUGGAGGAGUGCGAACUACGAGAUGGCUGUGAGGGUCAGUCCCUGCUGGCGGUGUCUCAGAACGGCCUCUCCCUGUCACUCGCCUCCCUCUUCUCAGAUGCAGACAUUAAGCGCAGCGUAAGCUCCAGCAGCAGGUCUUUUCUCAGCUCCGAGUCAAUCUCUCCAUCCUACCUCCAGUCUAACUCUGCUGAGUCGGUAGCCAUGGGCUUACUCAGGCAAUUUGAGGGCAUGCAGCUUCCUGCAGCCUCUGAGCUCGACUGGCUGGUCGCGGAACACGACGCUCCACAGAAGCUGCUGCCCAUCCCCGACUCUUUGCCCAUCUCGCCCGAUGAUGGCGAACACGCCGACAUCUACAAGCUGAGGAUCCGGGUUCGGGGUAACCUGGAGUGGGCGCCGCCCCGACCGCAGAUAAUCUUCAACAUUCAUUCCGCCCCCAAGAGGAAGAUCCUUGUCGUGAAACAGAACUACCGCUGCGCUGGCUGUGGUACCCGCAUCGACCCCGAUUAUAUCAAGCGAAUGCGGUACUGCGAGUACCUCGGACGUUACUUCUGCCAGUGCUGCCAUGAGAACGCUCAGGCCGUGGUUCCCGGCCGAGUGUUGAGGAAGUGGGACUUCAGCAAGUACUACGUCAGCAACUUUGCCCGGGACCUGCUAAGCAAGAUUGCGGGAGACCCGCUAUUCAACCCCAGUGACAUCAACAGCGGCCUGUACAAGAAGGUCAAAGCUCUGGAGGUUGUCCGGGUUUUGAGAGUGCAGCUGUUCCAUAUGAAAAACCUCUUCAAGACCUGUCGCUUUGCUAAAGAGGUGCUGGAGCAGUUUGACAGUCUGCCAGGUCACCUGACCGAGGACCUUCAUCUCUUCUCCCUCAGUGACCUCAGUGCCGUGCGCAGCGGGGAAAUGGCUCCCAGGAUGAAAGAGCUGCUCAAACUUGGUACCGCGCACGUAGCCGGCUGUGUGCUGUGUCAGGCAAAGGGCUUCGUGUGCGAGUUCUGCAGCAACGACAAGGACAUCAUCUUCCCCUUCCAGUUGAACAAGUGCCAGCGCUGCGAAGAGUGCCACGCGUGCUACCACAGCGGCUGUUUCCGCCCGCGCAAAGACUGCCCUCGAUGCCGGCGGCUGGCAGAGCGCAGAGAGAGGAUGGCGCGCAAAAACAUGGAGGAACAAGAGGACGAGGGAGGCGGGCCCUAGUGCCCCGUGACGGAAGACUCAAAAGAAGAGCACAACGCAACCAUGAUUGUAGUGACUCACAACGUUUUAUAUUCCAGUCCUCUCACGCCUGGGUGACAAUACGGCAAACUAAUGCAGCUUUUUACUACAUUGGUUGUUGGUCGCUGUUCAUACAUUAAGCAGAAGCUAUUCCACUUUGAACACAUGCACUUUACUUUUUUGUGUCACAGUAAUUUAUGAUUUGGAUUUUUUUCCUUAUGGGAGUGUUGUCACUUUUAAAAAGAUAUUUUUAAAUGGUGAUUUCUUUAAAAAUAUGCUAAAAAAAAAUCUUAAACUUGAGAUUGGCUCAUUCCCAAUAUUUAAUGAAUAAUUAUUCAUACAUUUCCUUGCACACAAGUAAAAGUAUAGAAUUGUAAAAUAUCUGACUUGCAGGAAUAUUUUUUGUAAGCCAGUUGCAGUUACUUGUGUGAAAAGGACCAAAGAUUCACUAAACGUUUUGGCACUUAUUUUUCCAUUUGAUCAGACUAUUGUACCCAUGUUUAUAUUGCUCCUACAGUUGUAAUGAUUCGAUUGGCUACUGGCCUAGCUGAAAUUGUAAAAAAUGUAGAUCUGGCCCUUUUUUGACAGAUUUUCUCGUGCAGAUACUGUAUUCAAACGAUCUGGCUCUUUUUAAUAUUGAGAUUUCUAUUUUUGUCUGAAGAUAUAUUUAGCAUAUCCUUUCCCUGCCACGCGCUUGCUUCCCCGUUUUAAGCUCUUCAUCCACGCUCAUGUGCCUCUGGGACCAAUUAACUAAGACUGGAACGGCCAGUGGAGUUACAUUGGGAUGUCGAGUUCAUAGACGGAGUGAACUUUAGAGUUUCAGGCCGUGUUGCAAAUAUAUGAAACUGCGAAAGCUUUGUUUUUGUGCUGCUGUGAGUGAGUGAGUUUAUUAGAGAAAGCUGUGUGUUUGCGUGCGUGCUCAUGUCUACCUGCUGUAUAUGCGGUCAUGCACAAAAGGUUUGCACCAGCCUAAUCAGCACUUGUUUCUAACGUUGCAGGUUUUGGAAUAAUAGAGUGGAGUUUAUUGCACUGGUCUGUCUGUCUGUCUGCUGUUGUUGGUGAGGGGGGUGGGGAGUGGCUGGGACGUCACUAUCCAUUUAGAUGAUGUUCGUUUAAGAACAUGAACCUUGAAUAAACUACAUUUAUGAAGUAGUUCAGUCCAAAAUGACAGAGCCACAAUCGAAUGGAUAACCGUUGUUGUGCACCAGCCUUGUUAUGAAAAUGUAUCGCAUCUUGGACUGAAAUCUUUCAUGUGAUUGUCUUUUCUCCAAGAGAUCUUAGUCUAGUACAGUGUUUCCCAGCAUUAUUGGCCCUUAAAAUAUGUUUAAGCUUAAGCACGUAGCUGGGGCCCUCUAGCUGGUUAGCUUAGCUUAGCUUAAAAACUGGAAACCGGAAACCAGCUCUAGCCUUGUUUAUCAAGAACAUGCCUGUCAGCCCUUAUAAAGCUCACUAAUUGACAAUGCUUUAUUUCAAUGACAUCUAGAGGCCCCAAAGCUUAACAGUUGUAUUGCAGUACUUUCUAGCUAUAAAGCAUAAAUUGUCUGGUGACUAAUCAGACGCAUUUGUGACUCAGCACGUUUUCUGUGUACCUGAUGGAUUAGUCUUCAAAGUACAUACCGUCCUCAACCGGCUUUGCUUUAUGGCUUUAAGGCUACAAGAUGGCAAAACUCUCUUACCAGAACGUACUUAAAGCAAUAAAUGUCAUAGAUAUUCCUAAGCUCCCACAGACGAGUAUUAAAGAGACGAAAAGCAGUGAUGUCUUCAGGCGGCUUUUUAAAGGAAUCACUGAAGUGACCACUCGGCUCCACUGAAAAGCCUCCGUAAGUCAGCAAGCGCUUUGAGUUUGAACCGCCGCUCUCGUGGAGGCGUUUAAAAUGCACUACGGAUUUAAGUGUCAACUAUGGAAAAAAAAAUGUUAAUUUGUAUUGUUUUUGUUUUGGUUCUUUAAUUGACAAUAAAAUAUUGGCCAGACUGUUAA